GAAACGGGUCAGUGUCACUGUAAACCAAACGCCUGCAGCGGAACCUGCUCCACCUGUAAAGAUGGAUUCUACAACCUGCAGGAGCAAAGCUACUUCGGCUGCCAGGGAUGCCAGUGUGACAUCGGGGGUGCAGCAGGUCAAUCGUGCGGAGAGAGGAACGGCCGCUGUCGCUGCAGACCCAACGUGGAGGGAGCGAAGUGUAACCUCCCUCGUCCAGAUCACUACUUCCCCGACCUCCACCACCUGAGGUUUGAGAUCGAGGAGGGGACCAUGCUGGACGGACGGCCGGUGAGGUUCGGAUACAACCCUCUGGAGUUCAAGGACUUCAGCUGGAGAGGUUACGCUCAGAUGACCCCGAUCCAGUCCAAGGUGUUGGUGUCGGUGUCUGUCGGCUCUCCAGACCUCUUCCAUGUGGUGCUGCGUUACGCCAACAGGGGGGGUUCUGAUGUUCUGGGCCGGGUGUCGGUGAUCGAGGACGGCCGGAACUACCGCUGUGGUAACU